GAUUCCUUAGGGUUCAACAAAAGUCAUCCAUUAGCUACAAAAAUUCCAACAUUCUUCCUUGGAAAAAAAAUGUCUUUCCCUGAUGAGUUUCAAGCAAUAGAUUUGGAAGCAUUGCCGAGUAUUUUGCAAAGAAAGUACUCAUUAUUGAGGGAUUUAGACAAAAGCCUACAAGAAAUCCAACGUCAAAAUGAUCAACGGUGUGAACAGGAAAUAGAUGAUAUGAAGCGGGGUAUUAAGACUGGUAACAUUACCCUGAAUUCCUCACUUCUCAAAUUCUCAGAUGAAGCUCUGGAGGAGCAAAAACAUGCCAUCAGAAUAGCAGACGAGAAAGUUGCAUUGGCUGCUCAGGCUUAUGAUUUGGUUGAUACUCACAUCCAGCAUCUUGAUCAAUAUUUGAAGAAAAUUGAUGAAGAUCUCAGGCAAAGAGACAAUGUUGCUGCAACUACGUCUCCUGUUUUAACACUUGCAAAAGCUGGAAGGUCCGGUGACAGUAGUGGCAGAGGACGUAAAAAGACACGCCUUGCAAAAGUAACAGCCGCUGCUGCAGGAGCUUCAACAAAUCCAACCAGCAUGGAGUUAGAUCUACCCGUUGAUCCGAAUGAACCAACAUACUGUUUCUGCAACCAAGUGAGCUAUGGAGAAAUGGUUGCAUGUGAUAAUCCCGAUUGCAAGAUAGAGUGGUUCCACUAUGCUUGUGUUGGCCUCAAAGAACAACCCAAAGGAAAGUGGUAUUGCUCCGAUUGUGCUGGAUUGCCGAAGAGGAAGAGAGGCAAAUGACAGAGUUUGCUGGUUUGACUUCAGUUACUAAUAUUCAAAAUUGUAAAUGUGCGCAUUAUGACUAAGAUUUCAUUGAAGAUUCACCAAAGGUAGGCACUUGUUGGAGGGGAAACUGGAUUCAGUAGUUUUUGUUCUACAUCAGACUGUUUUGGAGAUUUCUGUCUAGAAAUUCUUAUAUUUUGAUAUUUCUUCUUGAAAUUCAUCUAUUCCUAUUA